AAGAAGUUCUCGAGAAACAGUUCUUUUUGCCGGAAACGAAGGCGAAUUGGUAAAAGGCCGAUUGUUCUCUUCGGAAGAUUUAUUUAUUUUUUGGUUGGUUGAGGUUUUGAUUGAAGAGUAUAUAUAUUAUGGAGAGAAACAAGCACGGAAGAAGAGGAUUGCAUAAACUUCGUCAACGAAGCAAUAAUCUCCGAUAUUCACCUGAAUGUGGAGAGAUGGAGAUGCGGGAAACAGUGAGGUUGAGGGAGAGAAUGAGAAAGAGAGAAAGAGACCUAGAUUCGUUGAAUCGGAACAAGCGUCGCGUGCCGAAUAAGGUGGACGGAGAAGAGAGUACGGAGGAUAGUUCAGGUGAAGAGGAGGAAGAAAACGAAACCGAGGAGCUCAAUAACCGUAAACUUUCACCCUCGGUUAGAAUUUCUGGGAUAACAGCAAUCCAUUCGAAGGCCACCGAUGAAAUGAUAGGUUUUCCAGUUCCCAGAAAAGCUCGCUCAGCUUCAGUUAAAAGGUCGCAUGAGAAUUGGGUGGCCGGAAAUGGUGGUUUCGUCGAGGAACAAAACCAUAUGCGAGCUUCCGUGUCACCGGCUCGUCGGAGCGUUGAGUCUGACCGAUUUUCACCGUCUUCAUCAAAUGCUUCAGUUAGAAAGAAGAUGAAGACAAAUCGACCCAAGACUCGGCUUCCAAAGGCGACCACGUCGAGCUCUGUUCAAGAGGAUAUUGAGAUUGAAAUCGCAGAGGUUCUUUACGGAUUGAUGAAGCAAUCGCAUAGCUCCAAGAAGGAAGAUAGUGCGGGAAAUCCUUUGUCGAUGCUUGAAUCUGAAGAUGAAAAUAUUUCCUCCACCGAUAUUAAGCCUGAUCCAUUAGUUGCCGAUGGCUCAAAGGAGAAGAAAGUUGAAAUUGUGGAUUCUCCAACUCCACCGAAAGUUGAGAACCAGCAGCAGGCAGAGAUGGAAAUUUGUUCACCAAAAGAGGGUCAAAUUUCGGGACCUAAUUCAGUAAUUUCCGAUAAUGGCGCAACUGGAGCUGCAUCAGUGGCAAUCGAGUCACAGGACAAGCAAGGACAUUCGAAACCAUUCGUUGAAGAAACAAAAUCCGUGGAUAGAGCUGUGACAGAGGAAAAUUUCGUUAGGACUGAAAAGGAAUCUGCUAAUUCGAAUGUCUAUUUUCAGGAUCCGACAGCAAUCAAACUAAUAUCAACGGAGAAAAACGGGGAAAACCAACUUGAAGAGAAUUUCAAGAUUGAUUUGAUGGCUCCUCCUAUGGCAUCAUCUCCAGUAAAGGAUAGCUAUGUGGAUAUCGCAUUGGAUCCUAAUUACAAGGUUCGGAACAGGGAAUCGAAGGUUGAGACCUUGGCCAAGGAUGAAGCAAAUGUUGUGAAGAAAGAAAUGAGGGCAGAUGAUGGUAAAAGCAAGAAGAUGGAUACAAUUAAUGAGAAACGAGAUUCGUUGAACCUUACUCUGGAGAAGCGGGGUCAAGAUGCUAGUGGUGGUUGUAUAUCCGAGCAAGGUCAAAAGCAACGGCUACCUAAAGUUGACCUUUCGAAAAUGCAGCAAACAGCUAAAUCAACUUCAGUGCCUAUGCCAAAUGGUUUGCCACCUUUGGGGUAUAUACCUCCCUUCCCAUCAAUUGCGCCCAUGGAUGCAAGCGCUAGAUCAUCUACGGCAUUGCAGCCUCUUCAUUUCUGGCUUUCCCAACCUCGGCCAAAAGGAUGUGUCAUGCAUCAUUACAUAGCUCAUAACAUACACUUACACCAGCAGUACGCAAAAGUGAAACAUUUCUGGCCACCAACGUCCGGUUUUGCUUCUCUAUCUGGGGCCAAGCCCAGCAAAUUCAACGUGGGGCAAUCUGCAGAAGCUUUGACUCUUGGAAACCCAUUAGUGAAUCUAAACCUUACAGAAGAGAAAGGUACGGUUGGAACGAGUUUUGCAGGUCUUACCAGGAAAGAUAAAAGCCCUGAAUAUACCAAUGAUACGGUACUGAGAAAGCAGGCUGUAGUUCAAAAGGGUUCUCAAGCAUCUGCUGGUAACUUGAUGCAUGACCCUGCUUUCAUAUUCCCCUUGAAUCAGUAUCAAACAAGUGCAAAUCAACCUGGCCUUUCCAAAUCUGCUACUUCUGCUAGUAAAGCAUCCUCCACUGAUACUUCAGCACCUGGAAUCUCAACUAGCUCUACAGUGUUACCGGGAGUAUCAGCAGCUGUGAGCUUUAAUUACCCUAAUUUGGCUGCCAACCAAGCUCCGUACUUGACUAUAAUACAGAACAACGGUUAUCCUUUUUCUGUCUCUACUCCUGUUGGAAACCAGUCGGCAAUCAGAGGAGGAACACCCAGUCAAGCGUUGCCUUUCUUUAAUGGGUCGUUCAAUUCUUCUCAGAUGUUCCAUCCUCAACUUCAGCAGCAGCAAGCUCGCUCUCAGACUUUGGUUCAACCGGCUUAUCAAAAUGCAGUCCCGUCAUGCGGUUCAUCAUCAUCCCACAAGCAACCAGAGUCUCAGCAGCCGCAGGGUGGACAAGUUUGUGGGAAUAAAUUUUUGAGCUCAACAAGCAUGCAUUCACAGCAGUUGCAGGAGCAUAAGAUGCUUUCAACCAAUCAAUCGCGUAAAAUGGAGAAUGAGAUGAGUGGAGAGCAUACAACUGCAAACGCGCAGAAAAAGUUUCAUGGCCAGAACCCACCAUUUCAUCAUCAGCCGCUCAACUUUGCCUUGGUACCCUCUGCAGCUGUGGGUGGAGGUGCAGUUGAUAUCGUCCCUCAAGCAUAUGCCAUGUCGUUUGCCUCUUUCACUGGAAACAACAAAGCUUCAAAUCUUAACUUCUCAUCUAUGGCACAGAACCCCACAAUUUUUCAUAGCCUGCCUGAGAUGGCUCGGCAAGGAUACCAAGUUGCACCUGUACCACAUGCUCCUACACAGCCGAAGAAUCACCAGAUAUCUGAUGGAAAGAGUGGAUCCAGUUCAGCCAACACGGAUGAUGGAAAAAAGACAAGUUCAGGGAAGUCGCAUACUACAAACGGUCGGACAUAUGUUUUUGAUAAUUCAGCUAGAUCUUUGAAUUUUGUAUCCUCCCCUGUCAGAGGAAAUUGGCCGCCAUGCACCGUCACCACCACUACUGCAUCCAUAAAUCCUCCCGUUGCUUCUAAUUCAUCAAGUUCCCAUCCACGGCUGCUUCAACUUCAGAAGCAGCACAUGGCGCCACAACAUCAUCAGCAACCUGCUACAGCUUCUCAAAGCAAGACUCAGGCAACAGACGCCAUGUCUGCAUCUUCCAUUGCGGCUAAGUUUUCUAGCAAUGCUGCUAUAUUCUCGCAAACUGUGCCCCAAUGCAACCCUGCUGCACAGUCAACCCCAUGGAAAAACUCAGCUAGAACCCCAGCUUCCCCUGCUACCAAUGUUAAAUUUCCCCACCAGCAACCAUUGAAGCCUCAAGGCCAAACAAAAAUAUCAUUCGGGGUAAAUACCAAGUCCGGGUUAUCACCACAGGGACAAGAAAUACCUAGAGCAGCUGGUCUGCAUCGCCUAUGAUUGUUGGGUCCUAGCAGUGGCAACUCGAGAAGAAGUUCAACAAGCAGCAGCACAGUAGGCUUAUCGGUUCCUACUUCCAACACUGCAAUCACAACAGGAGAAAUCUUCUGCUGAUAACAGCCAGAAAUGACCUCCGGUUGGUAGAAAAAAUGUGCCUCCGAAGUCCGAUCUUGACCACAGGCCCAUCCACCUUGUGGAGUUAAGGUAUUGAAAUUAAACUGCAAUUAUAGUAUUUAUGACUACAGCAGAUGCAACAUUCAGGGGACAAGGUGCAGAGCGCAUUCAGUGCAAAGAAUUUUUUGGUGAGAGGGACCAAGCUGUUCAUGUUAAGUGGAAGGCACAUGGGUUCUUGUUCACAAUAACAUUAAGAGAGGAUAAUGUGGAAAAGGAGGUUGGCGGCUUUUUGAUAAAACCCUAUAGUUUUGAAGUGGGAACCAAAGUGGGGGACCACCCAUAUUUUGGGUGUCGAAUUAUUUGAUUGGUUAAUGUGAUGCUGACGUGUAAAUAGGAU